AUGGCGCUCAGCAGAAGCCGAGCUCAUCACUUCCUAGGUUUGGCAAAGGCCAACUCUUCCCUGUCCCAUAUCCUCUGCUCCGCCCCCGCGCCGGAUCAAUCUCCUCGCCAUCUCCACCGGAUUCUCCAACGCCGGACAAAUGUCAGGCCGGCGCUUUGGCCGGAUCGUUGCACUGAUCUGCCGGUUGGAGAUAAACUCAUCGAUAAGAUAUGGGGACUCAACGCCGGCCGAAUCCGUCUCUACCUGAUCUCGCAGUCGCUGCCGUCGAUUGCUUGCGAGACAACGGAGACAGAGGUGAAGAAGGUACUUAAGAUUUCGCAGAUGGAGGCGGUGAGAUCGCGGCUGAGCGCGACUCCGCGGAGCUCCAUCUUUUACUCCGAAUUCCUUCGCAUCUGCCGCAAACAAUCAAAUACGGACGAAACUGCAUCAGCGAUCGCGCAAUCUCUCGAAGAAUCUGCUGAUGUUAUUGCCUUGGGAAAUCUCGUCUUCCUUCGUCCUGGUGAGAUAUUGAAAGAUAUCGGGAGGGUACUCCCACCACAGCUCAACAACCAUGAGCAGAGGAUCAUGAAGGAAUUGAAGGAGAUGGAGGCGAAGAAGGCGGAGAUAGACAGUAAGGCGGCCGCUGGCGUGCGGCGGGAGCUCUGGUGUGGGCUAGGGUUUCUACUGGCUCAAACGCUUGGAUUCUUCAGGCUCACAUUCUGGGAACUCUCAUGGGAUGUAAUGGAGCCGGUUUGCUUCUUUAUGACUUCCAUCUACUUCACGGCGGGCUAUGGCUUCUUCCUCAAGACAUCGAGAGACCCUUCCUUUGAAGGCUUCUUCGAAACCCGAUUUGCUGCGAAGCAGAAACGAUUAUUGAGGGAUUCGAAUUUUGAUUUAAGAAGGUUUGAUGAGCUCAAACAGGAAGCCAGCUUUUCUCCACUUUCAAAUGAACGGGUUUCUGCUGGAACAAAUUUUAAAAAUAUUUAUCAAUAUUAAAUUUUUUUAUUUAAUUUGGCAUCUUAAAAAAAAGA